UACGACAUUGUGAUCACUGGGGGAGGAAUGGUUGGCAGUGCUAUGGCAGCCUCUCUUGGUCAUAGUAAACUUUUUGAGGAAAAGCGAAUUCUGUUGUUGGAGUCUGGCCCAAAGGUUUUGCUAGAUAAAACCCCAGAUAAGUACAGUAGUCAAGUUUGUUCUCUGAGUGGUGCUACCAAAGAUCUCUUAAACAGCUUUUGUGCAUGGGAUAAAAUUUUGAGAUUGCAGCCAGUCAAACACAUGAGGAUAUGGGAUUCUUGUUCAGAUGUGGGCAUCACAUUCAAUCAUAAACCCGAUUCUGGCGAAUAUCUGGCGCAUGUUGCGGAAAAUAACCUCAUUGUCUCGGCCAUUGUCAAUCGGCUGUUGGAAACAAAAGUCGAAAUUAGGUACAAAGCCAAAGUAAAAUCCUACAUUCUGAAUGGAGGUGAUGAUCCUAAAAUAGUGCUAGAUGAUGGGGAUGUUCUUAAAGCCAAACUACUGAUAGGAGCUGAUGGUGUCAAUUCUUUAUUGAGAAAAUCAUGUAACAUUAGCACAGUAGCCUGGCCUUACCAACAGACUGCUGUUGUAUCUGUUGUUCAUAUUUUCGAGGUUUUGAAUAACAAUACAGCCUGGCAAAGAUUUUUACCAACUGGUCCUAUUGCUCUUUUGCCUCUAUCCAAUCAGUUCAGCUGUUUGAUAUGGACGACAACACCAUCUGAAGCCAAGAGGUUACUAUCAAUUGGUGCAGAGGAUUUCGUCAGUGAAGUCAAUACAGCUUAUUUAUGUGAGAAGGAUAGCAAUGAAUUUACUGCUAGGCUAACCAGCUGUGUUAAACAAUUUCUUUCCACGACUGGCUUGGGCCAGUGCUCAGUUAAGCAACUGCCUCCAAAGGUUGUUGGCGUCGAUGAAGGAAGCCGAAAGUCAUUCCCGUUAACAUUAUGCCACUCAAAUUAUUACGUCAAAAAUAAAAUUGCUCUGAUUGGGGAUGCAGCUCAUAGGGUACACCCACUCUCGGGCCAGGGCGUCAACUUAGGCUUCGGUGACGUCAUCAGUUUGGCAAAAGUUCUGGAGGAGGCUGUCUUGAGGGGAGAGGAAUUAGGUAACAUAAGAACGUUAGCAAGGUACGAGACGGACAGACAGCGAAGCGUACUACCAAUGAUGGCCACCAUCGACUUCCUCAACCGCUUCUACAGCAAUGACCUUUCACCUCUCGUUCUCAUGAGGUCACUCGGAUGCCAAGUUGCCGAUGCUGUGCCCUUCAUUAAG